AUGAGUGAGGAGGAAGGCCGUGAGCGGGCGGUGACGGUCGACGGGGAUGCAGAAUCGAUGAACGAUGGAAGGGCGCUGGUGCAACCGCCGGCGAGAAGCGGCGAUGUUAUUACGCCCACCCGAGCGGUCCUAACGCUGUCCAAAUCGAUGUUCAACGCGGGUUGCUUCUCCCUACCGUACGCCUGGAAACUCGGAGGACUUUGGGUCUCCUUCGUGAUGUCAUUUGUAAUCGCCGGUCUCAAUUGGUACGGUAAUUACAUUCUGGUUCGUGCUAGUCAACAUCUCGCAAAGAAGUCCGACAGAAGUGCACUGGAUUACGGUCAUUUUGCGAAGAAGGUGUGCGAUUACAGUGAUAUUCGAUUUUUGAGAAAUAACAGCAAGGGAGUCAUGUACUUUGUCAAUGUGACAAUAUUGUUUUAUCAGUUGGGAAUGUGCAGUGUAGCGAUUCUUUUCAUCUCGGAUAAUCUUGUUAAUUUGGUUGGAGACCAUUUGGGAGGCACCCGUCAUCAGCAGAUGAUUCUGAUGGCUACCGUAUCCCUUUUCUUCAUUUUAUUGACAAAUAUGUUCACAGAAAUGAGAAUUGUAUCGUUUUUCGCACUGGUUUCGUCGGUUUUCUUUGUUAUUGGAGCGGCUGUAAUCAUGCAGUUUACUAUUCAACAACCAAAUCAAUGGAAUAAGCUGCCUGCAUCUACGAAUUUCACUGGAACAAUCACAAUGAUCGGAAUGAGUAUGUAUGCAUUUGAAGGUCAAACAAUGAUCCUUCCAAUCGAAAACAAACUCGAUAACCCAGCCGCAUUCCUCGCCCCAUUUGGAGUUCUUUCCACUACAAUGAUGAUUUGUACUGCAUUCAUGACUGCUCUCGGAUUCUUUGGAUAUACUGGAUUCGGUGAUUCAAUCGCCCCAACGAUCACAACGAAUGUCCCGAAAGAGGGUCUCUAUUCGACUGUCAACGUCUUCUUGAUGCUUCAAUCUCUUCUUGGAAAUUCCAUUGCCAUGUAUGUAGUCUAUGAUAUGUUCUUCAAUGGAUUCCGUCGGAAGUUCGGUGCGAGAUUUCCGAAUGUUCCCAAAUGGUUAUCAGAUAAAGGAUUCCGUAUCUUCUGGGUCUUGGUGACGUACUUGAUGGCUGUUUUGAUUCCGAAAUUGGAGAUUAUGAUUCCGUUGGUUGGAGUUACUAGUGGAACACUUUGUGCACUCAUUUUCCCGCCAGUUUUCGAGAUGAUCACUUUUUGGACUGAUUGGAAGGGUCUCCUAACCCAUCGUCAACGGAUGUUCAAGAUUUUCAUCAACUGCGUCGUUAUCGCCAUCGGAUGCUUUGCCAUCAUCGCUGGUGUCUACACGAACAUCCUCGCCAUUGUCACCUCAUUCGCAACACCAGAUCCGUGA